AUGUCAAUGCAGAGUUCUUCUCAGGCUUCGAAAGCCCCCCGCGUGUAUUCGUUGGUAGCAGAUGGGCGGCGUAUAGUGCAUACCACUUUUCCUGAUGAAUCGGAGAUGGUGGAAGAAUACGACACUAAAGACGACUGUUUACUCUCAAGAAGGACUCGGAGGAAGUUACUCUUCGGCAAGGAAAGUUCCUGGGAAUACGAGGUCGGCGCGCCUUCAACGCUGGACUCGGGAUCAUCCGCUUCUGGGGCCGUCGGCAGUAAUGAUGGAAGCCAGCAGCCUCUCAUGAUGCCUGUGGCUGCUUCUCCCUUCUGCGUAAUGCUAGACACAAAAAAAGCCUUUCAAUGGCGGAUUCGGAAUCUGCCUUUCCCCGCCAGCACCUACUCUGUAACCAUCGAUGAAGUGACCCAAGAAAUUGUGGUGCGGACGACGAAUAAAAAGUACUUCAAGCGGUUAGCAAUUAGAUCAUUGAAGGACGUCGGUUUGAGCCUGGAUGCUCAGUUACUGACCUGGGCUCACCAGCAUAACACCCUGAUACUGACUUAUACGAAGCCACAGAAGCGCACCGGGCGCCGCCAGCGGCGAGAGAAACGCCAACGCGCAGCUGCCUGCGUCACCACCAACGCCGUUCGGUUCCACGGACACACGUGCACUGGCAUUCGGCGAUCCCCCGGAAUAAGAAAAGGCGAAUAUGCACUACAUUGCUUCGUGCACGCGAUCCCUCCUGCUACACGAAUCAAGAGUGACGGCGUAAUUAUGGCUCAUGCACCCUACACUGCGUGCGUGGAACUCUAG